ACCGGGAGUAGGGUCUCAAACCAUUUACCUGGCUCUGGUUCUGUACUUUUCAAAUUCAUCCAGAGUACAAAAAACAGGAAAAACGAUUCUUAUUAAAUUUAUCGAUCAUCAUGGCCUUUCCGUUCUACACUGUAGAAUUCGAAUCCAGCGUUAGGGUUCUUUCUUUUUCGACAUCAUAAGCUAUCAUCUUGAAUCGAGUCAUAUAGGUAUAGGGUUUUGAAUUCAAAGAACUCGUGUUCUUGCAUCCGGACAUUCUAAUCUACGGCUUUCAAGUUUAAGAGCAAUUGGGUGCAGAUUUUGUAGCGAUGGCUCAGCCUGGCAGUAAUGCCGUUGGUGUUGACAAUACCUAUCGAAGGAAAUUUAACCGAGAAGAAUAUGCAGAACGAGCUCGCGAACGGGAGGAGAAGGAGGACGAGGAGGGACGGUUUAAAUCCAAAUCAAAAGGUCCUCCAGUACAAAGGAAGCCCUUAAAGCACAGGGAUUAUGAAGUAGACCUAGUUUCUCGCCUGGGAAAAACCCAGGUUGUUACUCCAAUAGCUCCUUUAAGCCAGCAGGCUGGAUAUUAUUGUGCAGUUUGUGAAUGUGUAGUUAAGGAUUCUGCAAACUACUUGGACCACAUUAAUGGAAAGAAGCAUCAAAGGGCUUUGGGUAUGUCGAUGCGGGUAGAGCGAGCAUCUCUUGAACAGGUCCAAAGUCGAUUUGAAAAUCUCAAGAAGCGCAAAGUUGCAGGCAGCUUUACUGAGCAAGAUCUAGAUGAAAGGAUCCUGAAACAGCAGCAAGAAGAGGAGGAAAGGAAGCGCCAGCGAAGAGAAAGGAAGAAAGAGAAGAAGAAAGAGAAGGCAGCAGAGGAAGAAACUGAGGAAGGAGAUCCUGAUGUUGCUGCUAUGAUGGGAUUUGGAGGUUUUGGUUCGUCCAAAAAAUAAUGUAAUCCAGGUCCCACCUUCUUAACCAAAAAAUUAACAGUGGUGCUGCAUUCUGUUUCAUAACUUAGCCGUUGAGAAUGACCAAGAAUCGUCAAGGAACAGUUGUAUCUAGUUGUGAGCACUCUUGAUUGUGGGAGAUGUAUCUUCCCCCUUCCCCCCUCGUCCACCCUUAAUCUCUUUUAUUGUAUAGUAAUUGUUGGAAAAUUGGGUUUAGCGAUUGAUUAUGUCUUUUAUGGUUGGGGACAUUGGGGUUGAUUAUUUACACUCCUGCUGGGAGUUAUAUGGCCUCUGAUCCUGGUAUGUAUUUGUGCUGGGUGUGAAACCUCUCAUGCUAUGCUAAUACCACUGAUCAGAGUUUUAUGGCCUCUGGUCAGUGUGAAGGAAAACUUUCCUCUUAUCUGUUUUAUAUCAUCA